AUAGAAAGAACAAAAAAAAACACCUUCUCCUUUCUCCCCUGCUACUCUCUCUCUAAAAGGGCACAUCACACUAUCACAGUUUCGUCAUUCGACUUUCGAGUGUUUGAUGAAUCAAAUAUCCAGAAAAUAAAUCGACAGCGUGCCCAUUCCAUGUCGAUUAGUGGGAUUCAAGGUCAGCUGUUCGAGGUCACUGUCGUCGGGUGUACGAGGUUGAAGGAUACAGAAUGGAUUUCAAGGCAGGACCCAUAUGUCUGCCUUGAGUAUGGAGGUACCAAGUUCCGAACCAGGACCUGUACAGACGGUGGUAAGAACCCUACCUUCCAGGAGAAGUUCAACAUAAUCCUAAUUGAAGGCCUCCGAGAGUUAAAAGUCAACGUUUGGAAUAGCAACACCCUCACAUACGACGACUUCAUUGGCAGCGGAACGGUUCAACUCCAAAAAGUUCUUUCCCAGGGUUUCGACGACACGACCUGGCCGCUACAAGGCAAAAGUGGGAGAUACGCGGGAGAAGUUCGACUCAUACUGCAUUACCAAAACGCUAAUAAGCCGGCGGCGACAACUUUUGCUCCAUCAGCACCGCCAUAUGUAGCACCAGCCAUACCCCAAGCCCCUCCAUAUCCCUUCCCCCCUGCAGCUACAGCCGCUUACCCACCACCGGCAACAACCUACCCGGCGGUAGCUCCUUAUUCUUCAUAUCCACCUAAUCCAGCAGCAUAUCCACCACCUGCUUACCCACCCCCUCCACCAGCUGCUUAUCCUCCCCCGUCUUACCCGCCGUCGGCAUACCCACCACAGCCUUAUCCCCCUGCGCCAGCAGCAUCUUAUUAUCCACCAGCUAAAAUGCUGUUGCAGGUCCAUACCCUGGAAUCUAUCCCCCACCGCCUUAUUGAUACGAUUCUGCACUUGGUGAAGCAGUGGCAUCAUUGUCAUUAUUAUAUAGUGUCAUUAUUAUAUAGUGAUAUUAGCAUUUUGUGCCUUUUUAUCUCCUGUAUCGUUUGUAUUUAGCGUUAACUCUGGAGAAUUUUAAGAUAAAAUCUCCUCAGUUUUACUCUUUGCGUGAAAGUGUCUAUUCUCUGUUUACCUGUUUUUCUCAA